AUGAGGGAGAAAUCUUUAUUAAUUCAAUUGGUGGAAAAAUAUAAAAAUAUUAUUGAAAACAAGAAAUCUGAUGCAAUAUCUUGGAAAGACAAGGAUGAGGCAUGGGUUAAAAUUAGCCAACAGUUUAAUGCAAAUUGUCCAGAAAAUAUUCACAGAAAAAAAGAAUCUUUAAAAAAAACUUACGAAAAUUUAAAAAAAAAUAUAAGGAAGGACGUAGCUGACGAAAAAAUACAAAUAAAGAAGACAGGAGGUGGAGCCGUAAAAAUACCUCUUAGAGACCCAACUUUUGAAAGAACUUUGGCUCUAAUUAAUCCUAAGACCGUGUUAGGACUAUCAAACACUUUUGAUGGGGACAGAGAUGUACAUGAUAUUGAAAAUCAUUCUACUCCCAGUACUAGUCAUGGGCUAUUGAACGCCGUUACUAGUUCUGCUAAAAGCAAAAUUGAAUACAUUAUUGAAGAGGAAAGUGAAAAUGAGAUGCUACUCACAAACAGUGCAGACCAGGAUGAGCAUAUGAACAACUCAAAAGAGAAAAAUAUAACCAGAAUAGAGGAGAAGCAAAAAGAAACACUUAACGAGGCAGACUGGGGAAAUGUAAAUCCUUCCCUUCUCAAAACACCGGUAACACCUGUAUUAAAAACUAAAAACAGGUGGUCUAAUAGAAGAAGACCAGCUAUAAAAAAUCAAACUAGCUCACAAUUAGCUGAAGAAUAUACAAAAUUGGCCAAUAUUAAAAGUGAAGUUUGGGAAAUAGACAAAGAGAACAAAUUGAUGGAGCAAAAACAGAAACAAGAACUCUUUAUUUUGCAAAAGAAAAAUUUAUUAUUAGAUAUUGAAUUGAAAGAGCUACAAAUUAAAAAAAUUAAAUCUGAAAUUAUACUAUAA